GAGAGAGGGAAGGGGUGGGGGGAGAGAGGAGAGAGAGGACGAGAAGGAGCCUGGUAAUUUCGCCCGCAUUCCUCCCGCCGCCCCGCUCCGCCCUGCCAUCUUAGCAGGAUGCACUUGCUGGAGCUGCUCUCCCUGGGUUGCUGCCUGGCUGCCGGCGCCGUGCUGCUGGGACCCCGGCAGCCCCCGGCCGCCGCCGCCGACCAGUCCGGUCAGGGCUACUACGAGGAGGAGCCCGACGCGGGGGAGACGAAGGCUCAUGCAAGCAAAGACCUGGAAGAGCAGUUGCGGUCUGUGUCCAGUGUGGAUGAACUCAUGACAGUACUUUACCCAGAAUACUGGAAAAUGUUCAAAUGUCAAUUGAGGAAAGGAGGUUGGCAACACAACAGGGAAUACUCCACCUUUGACACGAGAUCAGAUGAUUCCCUGAAAUUUGCUGCAGCACACUAUAAUGCAGAGAUCCUCAAAAGUAUUGAUACUGAAUGGAGAAAAACUCAGUGCAUGCCACGUGAAGUGUGUGUGGAUGUGGGAAAAGAGUUUGGAGCCACUACAAACACCUUCUUUAAACCCCCAUGUGUAUCCAUCUACAGAUGUGGAGGCUGCUGCAAUAGCGAAGGACUCCAGUGUAUGAAUAUCAGCACAAAUUACAUCAGCAAGACACUGUUUGAGAUCACGGUGCCUCUCUCGCACGGCCCCAAGCCCGUCACCGUCAGCUUUGCCAAUCACACCUCCUGCCGCUGCAUGUCCAAGCUGGAUGUUUACAGACAAGUCCAUUCCAUCAUCAGAAGGUCCUUGCCAGCAACACAAACUCAGUGUCACGUGGCAAACAAGACCUGUCCAAAAAAUCAUAUCUGGAAUAAUCAAAUCUGCAGAUGUUUGUCACAGCAUGAGUUUGGUUUCUCUUCUCACCUCGGGGAUUCUGACACGUCAGAAGGAUUCCAUCUCUGUGGCCCAAACAAAGAGCUGGACGAGGAGACCUGCCAGUGUGUGUGCAAAGGGGGCGUGCGGCCCUCCAGCUGUGGACCUCACAAGGAAUUGGACAGGUCGUCGUGUCAGUGCCUCUGCAAAAACAAACUUCUCCCCGGUUCCUGCGGGCCCAACAAGGAGUUCGAUGAAGAGAAAUGCCAGUGUGUGUGUAAAAAGACCUGUCCCAAACAUCAGCCGCUAAAUCCUGCAAAGUGCACCUGUGAAUGUAUAGAAUCUCCCAAUAAAUGCUUCUUGAAAGGAAAAAGGUUCCAUCACCAGACAUGCAGUUGCUACAGACCGCCCUGCACAGUCCGGACGAAACGCUGCGAGGCUGGGUUCUACUUCAGCGAAGAAGUGUGCCGCUGCGUCCCCACAUACUGGAAAAGACCACUCCUGAAUUAGCAGAGAGAGCACGACUCCCUGCCUGGGUGUACUAGUUCCUUUUUUUCCAUGAGAACAAAAGAACAGCAGAAACUUUUUGCUGAUAUUUGGAAUUAAAUGUGCACCAGGGACCCUGUGGGGCUUUCGGAGACGGACGCGUUGGGCUUUUCUCAAGACGUGGAAAGCAAGUGUAGAAAACAACUGGGAUUCAUGUUUUGUAAAGGACUCAAUAAGGACUUAUUUUCUGCCAAUGACCAAACAGCCUAGGUUCUUCCUCUUGUGAUUUUUUUUUUUUUUUUUAAAAAGAGAUAAUGACUAUAUAAUUUAUUUCCACUAAAACCAUUGUGCAGCAUUUCUGUUUAUAGCAGUAACAAUUGUUAAAGCUCACUGUGAUCAAUAUUUUUAUAUCAUGCAAAGUAUGUUUAAAAUAAAAUGGAAAUUGUAUUAUA